UUAGCAAUAAUGUUUUUCCACCUCUAUUUAGCGGCGCACGUGGAGUAAACUUAAAGGGCUCCAAAAAACCAGAUAAAUUAAAUUAAAAAUAUGGGUCGCAAGGCUGAGUACAGUGAAAAACCGAAGAAGGGGCCUGGCCGCAAGGCGCGCAAACAGGGAGCGCCGGUCUUUCGCAAGCAAUCGUUUGCUCCCAUGGAGGAGGAGGAAAAGAAGCUAUCCCACCGACAGAAGCAGCGAUCCGUGAAGAGGGAGCAGAAGAAAGUUGUGCAAAAGGCCAAACUGCAGGAGAAACGGGCGAAAGGAAAACAGCCGCAACAAGUUAAGAGGAAAACGGCCUACAACAGCGACAGCGAACCAGAAAAUGAGGACGAGGAGGUGGUGCAGCAGAAGGAGGCUUCCUCCGAUGAGGAGGUGCCCCAACUGGUGCCUGCCCCCAAGGGCCAGAAAUCGAAGGCACCCAAAGGCUUCACAGACGACAACGAUGCAUGGUUGAAGCCCAAAAAGCUAAAGAAACAAGUGAAACAACCGGAACCCGAGUCCGAUGGAGAUAAGGACGAUGAAGACUUGGAGGAGGAUUCCGAAGCUGAGCUGGAAGAUGAUUCCGAUGGCGAGGAUGGUCUGGAAGCAGAGGAGUCCGGCGAAGAAGAAGAGGACGAUGAGGAGGAAGACGACUCAGAUAAUGACACCGCUCAAAUUGGGAAGCUGGCCGAUCUCUCCGAUGAUGAAGAAGCCAAUUCUGAUGAUGACUUUGAUGUAUCGGGCGACGAAGAUGGUACCGAUGCAGCAAGCGACAGCGAUGAAGAUGAGGACGACGAUGAUGAUGAUGACAAGCUGCCCAUCGAGCGCGCAAACAAAAAACUCAAAAAACGCGAGGCAAAGGAAGCUCAACUGGCGGACGACGAAAUGCUUGAAACCGUCGACCGGCAGGAUGUUUUCCAGCUGCCCAACGAAGCGGAAGAGGCCGAGAAGGACCUUACCCUGCAGGAGGUGCAGCAGCGGAUAAAGGACGUCAGCCUGGUCCUUUCUGACUUCAAGAAGUACCGCCAAGCGGAUCGAUCUCGCGGGGAGUACAUCGAUUUGCUGCGCAAAGAUCUGUGCCUGUACUACAGCUACAACGAGUUCUUAAUGGAGAAGCUGAUGGACAUGUUGCCGCUGACCGAACUCAUGGAGUAUCUGGAGGCGUCAGAGAUCGCUCGUCCGUUGACCAUUCGCACCAAUACUCUAAAAACACGUCGUCGGGACCUAGCCGGAGCUUUGAUUAAUCGUGGCGUCAACUUGGAUCCCCUGGGCAAGUGGACCAAGGUGGGAUUGGUCGUCUUCAACUCGCAGGUGCCGCUGGGUGCCACUCCAGAGUAUUUGGCCGGUCACUACAUGAUCCAGGGAGCCUCUUCACUGCUGCCUGUCAUGGCUCUUGCUCCGCAGGAGAACGAACGCAUCCUGGAUAUGUGCUCUGCCCCUGGUGGCAAGGGAUCCCACAUCGCAUCCAUCAUGAAAAACACGGGUGUGCUGUUUGCCAACGAUUCCAAUCGAGAUCGCAUCAAGGCCAUUGUGGCGAAUUUCCAUCGACUGGGAAUUGUAAAUGCAGUGGUUAGCUGUGAAGAUGGCACCAAGUUCCGGAAUAUUAUGACUGGCUUUGAUCGUGUCCUACUGGAUGCUCCUUGCACUGGCACCGGCGUCGUGUCCAAGGACCCCAGUGUGAAGACCACCAAGUCGGAUGUGGACGUUCAGCGAUGCUACAACUUGCAGAGAAAGCUUCUGCUCACGGCCAUCGAUUGUACGGAUGCAAAAUCCUCGAGCGGGGGCUAUAUUGUGUACUCCACAUGCUCAGUGCUGCCCGAGGAGAACGAGUGGGUCAUCGACUAUGCGUUGAAGAAGCGAAAUGUCAAGCUGGUGCCCACUGGUCUGGACUUUGGCGUCGAGGGAUUCACCAAGUUCCGGCAGCAUCGGUUCCAUCCCAGCUUAAACCUUACCAAGCGCUACUAUCCGCACACACACAACAUGGACGGAUUUUACGUGGCCAAGCUGAAGAAGUUCUCCAACACAAUACCCAUAACCAAGGAGCAGCAGGAGGAGGAUGAGAAGCAGCUCGACGAGGCCAUCGAGGCAGAGACCACACCAGAAGCUGCAAAGGAGGUUGAAGAGGAGGAGUCCAAGGACAAGGGUCCUCGAAAACUGCUAGGCAAGCGAGCCGGAAAACCCAGUUUUACAGAAAUCGAGCAGGAGCUAAAGAAAAAGAAGCGGGAGGAGAGCAAGACCAAGUAUGUGGCCAAGGUGUUUGAGCAGCCCGUCAAGGCGCCCAAAAAGCCAAAGCCUGAACAGCCACUGGAAAAGAAGGAGAAAAAAUCGCAGACGCCGGUAGAAAAAACCAACGGAACCGAGUCACCAUCCAAACCUGCGGCUAAAAAGACCAAAGUCAAUGGCAAUGUACCAGCCCCCAAGGCAGAUGCAAAAUCGUUUAAGAAAAAGAACCAAGCAAACGCCAACGAUCGCGAUUCAACAACCAAACCCGUGGACAAAAAGUCAACAGCCAAUGGCGGUGAUUCACCUGCCAAGCCAAAAGCAAAGGAUCCUAAGACGAAACCGCAAGGAAAAGUGCAACAGCCACCCAAAUCCAAAGCAUCCAAAUUAGACAAAGCGCCGCGGAUAGAUGUAGACGAUAUACCAAUUCUGGAGGGCAAGCCUAUUAAGAAACAGAACAAGCUGAAGCAGAAAUCCAAGCAAAUCGGCCACCUGAAAAAAUCCAAGACGGGACCGAAUGUGGGAAAGAAGCAAAAGUUUAAGAAAUAAAAACCUUAGAUCCAGUUUGUUUAAGUAGACUAAGACUUUGACAUAUAGUUAAGGUAUUCCCGAAACGAUUACCUGUUUUAUAUUGCGAACUUUCUUAGCUAGUAAUUGAAGUUUGAACCACUACAGUGUUGUAAUUAACGAUCGGAUUCAAUAAACGCUAAGCUCGGAUUAAUGUA